AUGAAUCCAAGCCCUUUGAGGCCGAUGCGCCAAAGUCCCACGGCGCAGAGGCUAGCAGAAGUGUUAUCCGCAUGGCUGCCCGAGUCACACGAGGGCAUCUAUCAUCGAUAUUUACAGUCUCUAUCUCCGGACUAUGAUCAUUUGCUGACACAUUCAAGAAACGACCGAAUCUGGCGUUUCUCUCCACUCUCGCCGCACCAAGUUGGUUAUCGCUCCCAGAUAUCCACUCUCAGGUCGCCCAUACAUGUCAUCGAUCCAGGUCAUACCCAUAACAGCUUAAAACAUCACAAGUUUGAUGGAACAGAGCUCAGCUCUAUGGAAAGUUUGAAGAAUUUUCUUGCCGGCCCAGAUCAAAAUGGUGGUCGUGUCCUUCCCCGAAUCAUUUGCGCCCAGCACCUCACUUGCUUGAGCAUCGAAGCCCUGGGAUCUGGGCUGUCGCUGGAUCCUAAUGUGCUCAGCCACCAUGUUGGAACGUCGUUCAGGGCAAUCGAACAAAGUACCAGCAUUGAGAGGAUUGGAGUAUCUCAAUUGAAGAUUGAUUCAAUCCCCACUUCAGUUGGGGCAUAUGAGCAGGACCGGAACCUGCAGAUUCUUCAGAGGCACCUUGGGCAAUUUCAAUUCGCAAAUGUGCAGCAUGCGAAAGACCUCACGUUCCGAGAUUCCGCUUUCAAGUCAGUGUAUAAUUGCGAUGCUUACCUACCUGUAACGAUCUCAAUCGAUAUACCACGGACAAUAUACGUGCAAGGGUACCAAAGCGAAGCGAACAGAACAAGUGCCAUCAGAUCCUUACGUACUGGGUCUUUGGGGUUGCAAGAUGGCAUCUUGAGUCGCCGCAGUGCCCGGCAGCGAUUUGCAGACGACAGUAUGCUUUGCGACCAAGGGGAAAGAUACACGCAAAGUGGCCUGGAUAUUUUACAGCAUGUUACCAUCUAUGUAACGGGCAGUUUUUACUCCAACCACACCACAGUCCUGGCUAUCUUCCCACCGUACCCUGAACUCGAUGGGGAAAACGAUCCAUACAUUUUCCUCGAUCCGUUGUCCAAGGAAGAGAGCACGAAAAGCUUCCGGCAAUUUUGUGAAGAGCAGAACAGGGGUGGCAGCAGUAAAUCUGAGCAAGCCACUCCAGCUGAGGGAAACCGGGUCUGCGACGUUGAAGUAUUCGCCAAGGAUAUGCUGGGUAUCCCAGGAGAUUGCACCAAUACGGCGGGAUAUGUAGUAAACAUCGUGCGCGCGUAUGCUAUCAACGCAUGGCUCGACCGCCUGCAAAGCUUGGAAGCAGAGCUUCAAGACUUGUGCAUUGGCAAGCUCGACCUGACUCCAGAAAAUGACAUCGACAUCAAGUCCAAUCAUACCGAUGUCCGGAUUCAUGGGAAGGAAAUCAUCAAUUCCAUCUAUCGUUAUAUUGCGUCGCUAUAUCUCGACUGCCAUCGUUUGAGCACUGAUGUCGAGGAACAACAAAGAGAUAAAAGAUCGAAACCUCUUCCCGAAUCCAUCUCAAUGUUGGAGAAAUAUCGCUUUUUGAAGUCGCGAAUGUAUCUUCUUCUCGCUCAAGCUCUGCAUGUUCUUGGUACAGAUGAUGCGAGUAUGGAUGGCUUUGUGGGGAGUUCUGAUUCAACAGAGGGCUGGAUCGACGGAUGUCAAAGUUCCGAAAGAGAGAAAGAAGACGAGAGCUAUGGAUCUGUUGCUUUUUGA